UCUUGCUCUCCUGAUACAUUCCUGCUCUCCAAAACUAUUCUCCUUUCUUCAGCGAGAGAAGCCAUCAGGUAAAAAAUGGGAAGCCUCGACGCAGAUACCACCACCACCACCACCACUGUGGGCUCCUUCCACUCGGACAAGUCCGCCAAGGUGUUCGUCGCCGGCCACCGUGGGCUCGUCGGCUCCGCCGUCCACCGGAAGCUGGAAUCCCUGGGCUUCACCAACCUCCUCCUCCGCACCCACGCGGAGCUGGACCUCACCCGCCAGUUCGCUAUCGAGUCCUUCUUCGCCGCCGAGCAGCCCCGCUACGUGAUCCUCGCCGCCGCCAAGGUCGGUGGCAUCCACGCCAACUCCACUUUCCCCGCCGACUUCAUCGCCGUCAACCUCCAGAUCCAGACCAACGUCGUGGACGCCGCCCUCCGGUGCGGCUCUGUCCGCAAGCUCCUCUUCCUGGGCUCUUCCUGCAUCUACCCCAAGCUCGCCCCCCAGCCCAUCCCCGAGUCUGCCCUCCUCUCUGGCCCUCUCGAGCCCACCAACGAGUGGUACGCCGUCGCCAAGAUCGCCGGCAUCAAGAUGUGCCAGGCCUACCGCCUCCAGCACCGCCUCGACGCCAUCUCCGCUAUGCCCACCAACCUCUACGGCCCCUUCGACAACUUCCACCCGGAGAACUCCCACGUCCUCCCCGCCCUCAUCCGCCGCUUCCACGAGGCCAAGAUCUCCGGCGCCAAGGAUGUCGUGGUCUGGGGCACUGGAUCCCCUCUCAGGGAGUUCCUCCACGUCGACGAUCUUGCUGAUGCUGUCGUCUUCUUGAUGGACCGCUACUCGGGCCUGGAACACGUGAAUGUCGGCAGCGGGAAGGAGGUGAGCAUCAAAGAGCUGGCGGAGAUGGUGAAGGAGGUGGUCGGGUUCCAAGGGGAGCUGGUCUGGGAUGCCACGAAGCCGGAUGGGACCCCGAGGAAGCUCAUGGACAGCUCGAGGCUGGCAGGGAUGGGGUGGGAGGCGAAGAUCUCGCUCAAGGAUGGGCUCGUCAAUACCUACAAGUGGUAUGUGGAGAACGUAGCAAAGCAGCAGCAGCAGUAAUGAUGUUCUGAUCUUCCCUUGGAAUGGAGUUAAGGAGAUUGAAUGUCCCAUUGCAGUCCGAAUGAAAUGAAACUUGGUGGGGAUGAAGUAGACAUGUUGAGGUUUCAUAUGCAUCAAGAAUCAGGUCAAUUGGAGCUCCAGAAAGAAAGUUAUGAGGUUGCAAAGUUAGGUUUUCCUAAACUGCCAGCCUGGGCCCUGACAUAUCAGACCUUUGUGUAGUAUUUUGAUGAUUUUGGGAGAUACAAAAGUCCAAUUGAGCUGAUUCAAAUUUUGUUGGAAACUAGACUUCUAGGGCUUUCUAAUGACUAUAAGAACACAAAAUUUGGAGAUUAGAUGUGAUCUAGAGAGCCUCCCAAACUUUAUGCUAACGUUGGUGCUCGAGGGUAAAGUCGGAAAAACGCAUGCAGACGUGUCUAAGUCGUGUUUCUUAGGGUUUUUAGCCCCAAAACCAUAUAUAUACUUGGAGGAGCACACCGUACUGAGGGAGAAAGAGCUACAUUACAAAGAAAUCAUCAAGAGGAGCCAAAAAUUCAUGGAGAGCUAAUUCUUUGGUGAAGCUAGGGAUCAACUCGCUUGGAUAAUAGUAGUUUCAUUUAUAUUUGAUCUAUGUAAUAGAUUCUCAUGUUGAUACAAUUCUUGUUUAUUAUCUCUUAUCAAUAGAUCUUUUCUUGUGUUGGGAUAGUCUUGAACUGAUUCUUUUCAUAGAUUCAGCCAUGUCUUUUUCUAUAGAA